AUGGGUUCUCCAGAGAAGAAUGACUUAGAGAAAGGAGGGAUGAGAAGGAAGGACAAAUCUUCAAUAGCCAUAAUUUUCACAUAUGCUGACUGGGUUGAUAUUAUGCUUAUGUUGUUGGGUACUAUUGGUGCUAUUGGAGAUGGCAUGUCUACAAACUGCUUGCUAGUCUUCGCUAGCCGUCUUAUGAAUAGCUUGGGUUAUAGUAAGACCCAACAAAAUCAUGGGAAUUUCAUGGAUGGGGUUGAAAAGUGCAGCUUAUACUUCGUUUACUUGGGAUUAGCAGUAAUGGUGCUGGCCUUUAUGGAAGGUUACUGUUGGAGUAAAACCAGUGAGCGUCAAGUGCUGAAAAUUCGUUACAAGUAUUUGGAAGCUAUUCUCAGGCAAGAGGUUGGGUUUUUUGAUUCUCAAGAAACAACAACUUCGGAAAUCAUCAAUAGCAUUUCAAAAGAUGCUUCUCUCAUACAAGAAGUUCUUAGUGAAAAGGUGCCAAUAUUUUUGAUGCACUCCUCAGUGUUCAUUUCAGGGCUUGCAUUUUCCACUUACUUUUCAUGGAGGCUGUCAUUAGUAGCCUUCCCAACACUACUUUUAUUAAUUAUACCUGGAAUGGUUUAUGGAAAAUAUCUUCUCUAUUUGUCGAAGAAGUCCUACAUGGAGUACAGUAAAGCAAACACCAUUAUUGAGCAGGCUCUGAGCUCCAUUAAAACAGUUUAUUCAUUCACUGCUGAGAGGGUAAUAGUUGGGAAAUAUUCAGCAAUAUUGGAUAGAACCACGAGACUGGGAAUCAAGCAAGGUAUUGCGAAAGGUCUAGCCGUUGGAAGCACAGGGCUUUCUUUUGCAAUAUGGGCUUUUCUAUCUUGGUAUGGAAGCCAUUUGGUUAUGUACAAAGGUGAAAGUGGAGGAAGGAUCUAUGCGGCUGGAAUCUCCUUCAUAUUAAGUGGACUAUCCCUUGGCAUGGCAGUUCCUGAUGUCAAGUACUUCACGGAAGCUUCGGUUGCAGCUACACGAAUAUUUGAUAGGAUCAACCGGAUACCCUUAAUUGAUUGUGAAAAUACAAAAGGACUUGUAUUGGACAAAAUUAGAGGCGAACUAGAAUUCGAGCAUGUCAAAUUCACAUACCCUUCUCGUCCGGAUUCCAUUGUCCUCAAAGAUUUUAGUCUUAAAGUUGAAGCUGGGAAAACUGUUGCUCUUGUUGGUGCCAGUGGAAGUGGCAAAUCCACAGCAAUUGCAUUAGUGCAACGGUUUUAUGAUGCUGAUGAUGGAUUUGUGAGAAUUGAUGGUGUCGAUAUAAAAUCUUUACAGAUGAAAUGGAUAAGAGGGAAAAUGGGACUUGUUAGUCAAGAACAUGCAUUGUUUGGGACAUCAAUAAAGGAAAAUAUACUAUUUGGGAAGCUUGAUGCCACCAUGGAUGAAGUCACCGCUGCAGCCAUGGCUGCCAAUGCUCAUAACUUCAUCAGGCAGCUUCCUGCAGGAUAUGAGACCAAGAUUGGUGAAAGAGGAGCACUAUUAUCAGGUGGACAGAAACAACGAAUUGCGAUUGCCAGAGCCAUUAUAAAAAACCCUUUGAUUCUCCUACUUGAUGAAGCAACAAGUGCUCUUGACUCCGAAUCAGAAGCACUAGUCCAAAAUGCCCUUGAUCAAGCCUCCAUGGGGAGAACUACCUUGGUGAUUGCCCACAAGCUUUCCACAGUUCGAAAUGCAGACCUCAUUGCAGUCGUAAUUGGUGGUUGCAUAAUUGAAAUAGGUUCACAUAAUGACCUUAUCAACCGAAAAAACGGUCAUUAUGCCAAACUGGCAAAACUACAGAGACAAUUCAGCAGCGAUGACCAAGAACAAAGCUCUGAAUUGCGUGUUUCUUCAGUCGCAAGAAGCAGUGCUGGCCGGCCUAGCACUGCGAGAUCAAGCCCAGCAUUUUUUCCAAAAUCACCAAUAAUAACCGCAGAUAGCCCAGCUCCAGUGUCUCAUCCCCGACCUACCUUUUCCCGGCUUCUCUCUCUAAAUGCUCCAGAAUGGAAACAAGGUCUUGUUGGAAGUCUCUCAGCUAUAGCUUUUGGGGCGGUCCAACCUGUCUAUGCCUUGACCAUAGGAGGCAUGAUAGCUGCUUUUUUUGCUCCAAGUCAUGAAGAAAUGCGUGCUAGAAUCCGCACAUAUUCACUAAUUUUCUGUUCACUUACUUUGGUUUCAAUCAUAAUGAACCUCUUGCAGCACUACAGUUUCGCAUAUAUGGGAGAGAGGCUCACGAAGAGAGUCCGGUUGAGAAUGUUGGUGAAGAUAUUGUCUUUUGAAACAGCUUGGUUUGAUGAUGAGCAAAACUCUAGUGGAGCCUUAUGUUCAAGAUUGAGCAAUGAGGCUUCCAUGGUUAAGUCCCUUGUAGCUGACAGACUUUCUUUACUGCUCCAAACAGCUUCGGCUGUGACUAUUGCAAUGAUCAUGGGGCUAGUUGUGGCUUGGAAACUAGCACUAGUCAUGAUCGCGGUUCAACCUCUCACAAUUCUAUGUUUCUACACGCGUAAAGUAUUACUUUCUACCAUGUCCACCAAUUGUGUUAAGGCACAAAAUCAAAGUACUCAAAUUGCCGUGGAAGCUGUCUAUAAUCAUAGAAUUGUGACUUCAUUUGGAAGUGUAGAGAAGGUUCUUCAACUAUUUGAUCAAGCUCAGGAGGCACCAAGGAAAGAAGCAAGGAAGAAGGCAUGGCUAGCCGGGAUUGGCAUGGGUUCAGCUCAGUGCCUAACAUUUAUGUCAUGGGCUUUGGAUUUCUGGUAUGGAGGUACAUUAGUGGAAAAGGGAGAGAUAUCGGCCGGGGACGUGUUCAAGACAUUUUUCAUAUUGGUCAGCACCGGGAAGGUCAUAGCUGAAGCUGGUAGCAUGACUUCAGAUUUAGCCAAGGGUGCCACUGCAGUUGCAUCUGUGUUCAAAAUUCUUGACCGGCAAUCAUUGAUUCCAGGGUCUUAUAAUAAUGAUGGUGGUGACAAUGGGGGAACUAAGUUGGAAAAAAUAAGUGGAAGGAUAGAGAUGAAGAAGGUUGAUUUUGCAUACCCAAGCCGUCCUGAGACCUUAGUGUUGCGCCAAUUUUGCCUGGAGGUGAAACCGGGCAUGAGUAUUGGACUUGUUGGGAAAAGUGGGUGUGGGAAAUCAACGGUGAUUGGAUUAAUCCAAAGGUUUUAUGAUGUUGAGAAUGGGUCAGUGAAAGUAGAUGGGGUGGACAUAAGGCAAUUGGAUAUUCAAUGGUAUAGGAGGCACACGGCACUUGUUAGCCAAGAGCCAGUUAUAUAUUCAGGUAGCAUCCGUCACAACAUUGUGAUUGGGAAGCUUGAUGCCUCAGAGAAUGAGGUGGUGGAGGCUGCCAGAGCUGCCAAUGCCCAUGAGUUUAUCUCAUCCCUUAAAGAAGGGUAUGAAACUGAAUGUGGCGAAAGAGGAGUGCAAUUGUCAGGAGGGCAAAAGCAAAGAAUGGCAAUAGCAAGGGCCAUAAUUCGGAAUCCAACAAUAUUACUACUAGACGAGGCAACAAGCGCUCUGGAUGUGCAAUCUGAGCUAGUUGUUCAAGAAGCAUUAGAUAGAAUCAUGAUUGGGAGGAGUACAAUUGUGAUAGCACAUAGGCUCAACACCAUAAAAGAGCUCGAUUCAAUUGCAUUUGUGGCAGAUGGGAAGGUGGUGGAGCAAGGAACCUAUGCUCAACUCAAGAGCAAGCGGGGUGCCUUCUUUACUCUUGCUUGCCUUCAAACUUAGGUUAGGUCAACUACUUGAAAAAAUCUAUAUAGUUAUGAUGGGGUUGGCAAAGGUUUGGGCCUACUAAGUACAAGCCAUGCAACAAAUCAGUAGUGUUUAGAAAGAAUGGCCUCGUAAUGUAGAACAGUGUCUGUCGCUACCUUGAUGCUCAAUAUCUUUUCCUUUUUGGGUCAACUUGCCAAUAUUUCAUUGGCCUGGAUACUGCAAACUUAAAUGCUACUCAACAGCCGAAGUACACACCUAAUA